AUGCCUUCGAGUGAGAGUAAACGUCGACGAACUUCCGAGGGCAGCUGCUGCAAGACACCUUCGUGUGAUGAGAGGGAACAAGAACCUCCUGUUCCAGCAACCCCAAGAUCAACAUGCAAGAUACCUUUCCUCACUACUGAGGAUAUCCUAUCACAUGGUGCUGUUGUAAAUGUUCAAAGUGUUAAUUAUCCUGACUUAGCUUGGGGUGUAGAUCGAACGAAAAAACAAUUGAAAAUCUUGUCUAGGGUUCGAGGUAAGGGUGUACUCACUUUAAAGGUUGUGAGGAGUACCUCUAACCCUCGAGCUAUUGCCUUCCGACUGCUCAAUCAAGGGGAUAUCUACGUGGCCGUCCAUAAGGCUGAAGGGCAUCUCACUUUAAGAAGGCAGCCCAACCCUAAGAACUUACAACCACAGUGUUGGUUCCUGGUCAUGGCUAGAGGCUUUGGUGAUCCAGGGUAUGUAUUGCAGUCCUUGGGAAGUAGUGGUGAACGAGAGUUUGUUCGCCACUGCAACUAUUGGCUACAAUGUGAUGCUCCUCCGGAGCCUCAGUCUAACUCGAGAGCUCUCUAUGAAGGGGAUACUGCAUGGCUAUUUGUGAAUGCAGAGAGUUGUCGAGAUCGGCUUGGUGACUUGUGGAUGCAUGUGGUAGCACCAAAAGCGUAUGAGAAGAUAGAGGCUCAGAUUGUUAAGUGUCGGGCUGUCCUUGGUGAUCAUACCGAAGAUGCCUGUAGAGAGCUUGAACGGGUGGUAGAUGGGUGUGAUAUUGAGACCUCGGGUUAUGAGGCACAAGGUGCUGGCGCCAUGGACGGUGUGGCUGGGGUCAUGUUCUCGUCACCAUUGAAGGAUGAGGAGAUAUCGGAAGAGUUGAUGGAAAGGGUGGGUACAGCAGGACCGUUGAAGAGGAGAGGAGGAAUUAAGACGUUCAAGAAUAUGAAUGAUAUCAAUCCUGAGGCGGUACCAUUCAUACGUGAGAUAGAUGCUAGAGUCAGACAGCUUCUAGGGGAACGUAACUCCACCCAUAUUCGUAGGAUGGGCCUCGCUAAGGAAGGCCAGUGGAGGCAGAAACUCAAAUUAUGCUUUAUUGAAUUCAUUCAUAUGGCGGCAGGCUCUAAUGGUAUGACAAGGCAUCGAGACGGGGGCAAUGAUAGCGACCUCACAGCAUUGUUCUGCAUACGAGGAAGCGCUGAAUGCACGAUUGAAAAUGAACAGUUUAUUCUUAAUGAAGGGGAUAUGUAUAUCUUUGAACCCCAUAAAUACUUCCACUCGGUUGGACCCCCAAUGCAUGAUAAGAGACGACUCGCUGCAGCUUGCCGAUACUUCCUAGAGGAGUAAAUAUCAUGAUCACUUCUCAUU